AUGAAACAUGCACAUGUGAAGGAUAACAAUCCCGCUGUGCAUACAAUAAUUCGCUUGCAAAUGAUCAGCUUUUAUAUGUCCAGUGCCUUGGGAAGCAUCAAUAUCUGGCUGAUGCGUCAUAAAGUGAUUAAGCUUCUGAAAAAAUUAAAUAAUCUAAGCUUAAAGUUAAAUAAGAUUGGCUGUCAGGUUUCUUAUCAAAAACAUAAAAGAAAUUUCAUUAGGACAUUUAUAAUCACAAUUUUGAUUAAUCUUACUGGAGCAAGUGGUUGUAUUGUUAUCCACCCUUAUGAUAAAAGUUGGAUUGAACAAGUGCAUUGCUAUUUGGGAAUCUGCGUUAUUUCUACAUUUCUGGGAUUUGUUUUAGUUCUUUUUUACAUAAAUAUUCUGAAAAUUAUUAGAGAUUAUCACAAAGAAGCAAAUAGAAAGUUUGAAAAAACUUUGGCUACAAGUGACAGUAAUUUGAAGUUGAAUGUCUUCAAAAUUAUUUGUUUUCAACACUUUUCUGGAUAUGCUUGCAAUUCAGCAUUUUGUUCUCUUGCAUUAAAGGAUGCGAGGAAAUUCGUGAAGAAAACAAAAGUUCAUUGGAAAUUAUAG